CCGCCCGUUCCCGCCCCUCCCCCGCCUCUCCCUCUGGUACAGACGCGCGCCUCCCGCCGAUCGUCCGUCUGCUCUUCACGCUGUCAACGUCGUUCCUGCGUCCGCUGGUCUUGGUUACUUCUUCUCUCUCCUCCGCCGCUCCCUCCGGUCUUCAUCGCUGCAUCCGCUGGUCCAUUCCUUCUGCCGUCGGGUGCUGCUCCUCGCCGCUGGUCCUCGUCCUCAAUCACGCCGCUGCUGAUCCUCGCUUCUACGUCCUCAGUCACUGCAGUGAGUACUCAAUUCGCAGAUGAGCACGAAAAGGUAGCAGAGGAGCAGAAAUGGCAAGCUACCUAUGGAGAAAAUAUUCUGACUAUGUAUACACCAAGUGGGAAAGAACGAUUCUUUGGGAUAUGAUGGAGCCAUACAAGAAACCCAAAUCCUUUACUCCUCUGGUUACUAUAUACAUAGCCGCUUUCUACACUGGGGUCAUUGGCUCUGCCAUCACUGAGCAACUCUAUAAGGAGAAGUACUGGGAAGAUCAUCCAGGCGAAGCAGUGCCUCUCAUGAAGCCAAAGUUUUACUCUGGUCCAUGGAAGGUGCUUAGAGGGGAGACUCUGCCACCCAAUCAGUGAAAACCAUCACAAUCAUUUUACUUGUUCUGGAGUUCCAUUCAUUCCCCCUCCCUCCACCCCAACAUCAUCUCUCCAUCAUGGAAGUGGCGCAGAUUUUGAUAGAUUUUAUCACUCAAAUAUUUGCCAUUGCUUGAAAAAUGUAAUUAGAACAACCUUGUCAUGGUGCUGAUGCUUUUGGUAGCACAAUGCAUAAUUGAACAGGAAGAUCCCAUUGAUAUAUUUUGUUUUUGAAGA